CACGACACGACAGUCUUCAUCAGGAUUGGUUGAUUCGGAGGGUCACGCCGCUCGCUACAUACAAAAGUUGGUGUGGUUGUUCUAUACCUAAUUAAAAGUUUUCUGCCUGUGUAGUGAAUGAAACGAGAAAAAAAUAUUCAAUGUGCGCUCCAGUCUCGCAGUGAAACAUCAAUUUCCCAUUCGGUUGAGUUAGGGCCAAUUCAUGGCAAAGGAAUAAUUCGUCCUCCUGCCUACAAAGUGGCGUGAUGUUGAAACGGGUUGUCAAACGAUUAGAGUGAUAAGUGGCUGACUGAAAUCUGGAUGCUUUCUCGAGUUCCCCCUUCUCUUAUCACAUGAACCAGUAGUCUUUACAGCCCAUCGAGGGGCGGUAGUUAUAUUGAUCCUGUAUAGAAAGCAAUAAGUGCGGUGCGUGUUACGAAAUCAUACUCAGUGUUAACACCCUGGCGGUAACUGAACAACACCUGGAAGCGCUUGAAUCUCCCGCAUCCUUCCCUCCUCCUUACGACGACGGGGCUGUGAUCGUUCUAAAACGCAGGAUGAAGAAGCGGACAUCUCCGCCGUCGACGCUGGAGAAUUCUCCGGCGCAAACCGGCCACCGCAGCAGCAAUGCGCCCACCAUCAAUGAGUUCAAGUACAUCAACGAGCGGCCGGUGGACGAUAUUUCGCUGGACUUUUUCUACAAGCCCCACACGAUUACCCUGCUGGCCGUUUCCAUCAUCGGGGUCAUGUACUUUGCCUUCGUGCGCGAUCAAUCGGACCCUCAGGAGAACAUCUGGGCUGGCAUGGUGUGCGUCACGUUCUUCUUCAUGAUCGUUUCCGUGCUCGCGUUCCCCAAUGGACCCUUCACGCGACCCCAUCCGGUGGUAUGGCGAAUGCUGUUCGGCCUCUCCGUGCUCUAUUUGCUGUUUUUGGUUUUCCUGAUGUUCCAGAACUACAAGUCCAUCAUGGGCAUAUUUUACUGGUUUGACCCCACGUUACGGAAUUUUAAAAUCGACAUGGACAAGGAAUAUGGCGCUAAUUGUUCGGAUCUUUCUUUCGAACGCAUAUGGUCGCACGUGGACGUGUUCGCCUGGGGCCAUUUUCUGGGGUGGGCUUUCAAGGCUGUGCUCAUCAGACACAUGGGCAUUUUGUGGGCUAUUUCGGUGAUGUGGGAAAUUACGGAAAUCUCUUUUGCCCAUCUGCUGCCAAACUUUGCCGAGUGUUGGUGGGAUGCGCUUAUUUUGGACGUGCUCGUUUGCAACGGACUUGGAAUUUGGUGUGGCCUGAAGAUCUGUAAAUUGUUGGAAAUGAGAGAAUACAGGUGGGCUAGCAUUAGGGAUAUUACCUCGACGAAGGGUAAGUUGAAGCGUGUGGUGCUUCAAUUCACUCCAGAAAGUUGGGCUCCGGUGCGCUGGUUGGACCCGAAAUGUACCUACAUGAGGUUCUUCGCGGUGUGUCAGCUUGUGUUACUCUGGCAGUUGACUGAGCUGAAUACAUUCUUCCUGAAGCACAUCUUUGAGAUGCCCCCAUCACAUCCAGUGGUUAUUGGCAGAUUGAUAUUCGUAGGACUCUUCACUGCGCCAUCCGUGCGACAGUACUACAUCUACGUAACAGACACCAGGUGCAAACGAUUGGGAACGCAGUGUUGGGUGUACAUAGCCAUUCUAGUUUCGGAAGCUAUUUUGUGUAUCAAAAAUGGACAAGAGCUGUUCGAGCGUACACAGGUUAAAAAUAUAGUCUUUUGGUUAUUUGUCCAAGCUGCUGUUUCUAUGCUAUUCAUAUUCGGUUGUAUGAUAUGGCAUAAAUACGUAGACGGUGACGAAUCGCAAGAAUCAUCGCCAGCCAAACAGUUGAGCCGAGAGUUCAAAGAUUCUGCCAUUGUGUCGGGCGAUUCCAAAGGGAAAUCAUCGGCCAAAAACUCUCCUAAAACCACUCCUACCAAAAAAGUAAGAUCUCAGCAUAGUAGUGUUAAACAGGAUUAAUUUGUUUUUAAGCAUUGUGGGAACGACAAACUCGUGAGAACAAUUGACUGAAUAUGAAAGCGACUUUUCUCAGUUGAUUUGUGAUUUCUCGAAAAUUCUACGACGAUUGCUGUUUUCGCACUAGAAACGACUAGUUAAUGCAUAGUUACUUCUGUUGGUUGCACAUAUUGACCUUUUGUUAAAUUUAGUACUAAUUAGUUGCAAAACAUCCGGCUGAAAACGUGUUGAAGGUUUAUUUCAAAAAGUCAACAUACCUAUUAUGCAUGAUUUCGUGCCUAAUUCUGCGAUCAAUUGUUGAAUUUGCUAUUUGCUUUUUUCUUUCUAGUAGAACUUUGCCUAGUGUUUAAAUUCUUUGAUUACAACUUCUGGGUCAAGUUUAGAAAAUCUACAAAAAAAAAAAAUAAAUAAAUAAAAGAAGAGAUAUGCCUUGAAAUAUAAAAAAAAGAAUGUGAUUGCGUAUGGAUUGCUAGAAAGUUGAGUCUGAAACGUGUAACAUUUCAAUAGUGUACACAGAAUUUCCCAGGCUAAACUUGAAUGAAUUAUCGAUUAUUUCUACCAUUGCUAGCGAUUUUAGCAAUAUGACAUAUCAGUUUAGAAAUCUGUUUGAUCGUGAAGCAAUUGCAAAGGAAUGUAAUUUAUUUAGUUCACAUUGAUGUCAUACACCAGUGGAGUACAAUGUCGACAGUAAUCGAUAUGAAGAACACCCGUCAGAUGCUAGUACUAUUAUGCAUGAACGUAGUAUGUUUGUAAAUCAUGCUUCCUAUAGGUUUCCGGAAUUGUAUAUAUAGUUGAUUUGUGUUUUCAGUGGAAGUUU